ACGGUAACUUCCGGCCACUCUCCGUCUAUUACGGUAAACCAGCAGAAUCCGGAAGUGAGCUCACGCUGAAGCAGCGGUUUGUUUUGGAGAUGGAGCUCGUGGACAGAAAUGAGUGAGAGUGGCGCUCAGCUGUUUGCUCGUCUGGAGGCUCGUCGCUCUCUGAAGGACAUCGAACCUCGACUGUUUCCUGAAGAUGGAGGACCCGACCAUGGUGAGGUGGUGGAGCUGUACGGGACGGAGGGAAGAGGGAAGACAGAGCUGCUUUACCACCUGCUGUGUCGCUGUGUGCUGCCUGUGGCGAUCGGCGGUCUAGAGGUGGAUGUUGUGUUCCUGGACACCGACUACAGUCUGGACAUGUUACGACUGGUGGGCAUCCUGGAGAGCAGACUGAACGCAGGUCGUUCCUCCAGCUCGCCCUCGGCCGCUUCAGAUGAGGUGGCAUUGCGUUUGUGUCUUUCUCGCCUCCUGGUCAUCCAUUGCUCCUCCUCCUCACAGCUCCUCCUCACCCUCCACUUCCUUGAGACCUCUCUGUCGUCGCGGCCCGGCCUGGCACUCCUCAUCAUCGACAGCAUCUCUGCUUUCUAUUGGCUAGACCGCUGCGAGGGCGGGGCCAGCCUCGCCAAACAGGAAGAGAAGCUCAGCAAGUGUGCAGAGCUGCUGGGUCGACUGCUCAGGGAUUACAGAAUCACUGUCUUCGCCUCCUGCCACGCCAUCAGGAGGAGCUGCAGCGGACCGUACUCCUCCGACUAUGACCGGCCGUACCUCUGUCGCCCCUGGCAACAGCUGGUGACCCACCGGCUGCUGUGCUCCAGGCAGGAGGCUGCAAGUAACAUGGCUGCUGCAGCAGGAGGCAGCAGGGAGCAGAAGAGGCAGCAGGUCUUCACCGUUCACUGCACCUCCUCCUCCUCUUCCUCCUCCAGGACGAAGGCUUACAGGAGCAGUUCCUUCUACGUGACAGACGGAGGAGUGGAGUUCAUCUGUCCCUGACUGAGCUGCUGAUCACAGGACAGGAAAGAUCAGCUCAUGUAGUGCAGCUGAAACCGUCCAUCCUUGGUUCUGUUUGUUCUUUAGGUUGAUGUAUAAAUAUUUUAAUCAACGUUCAAUAAAAGUUGGGAUCCAGGA